AUGAUCAGGCGCAGACAUUUCUCGUCCAGCUCUCCUCUUGGUGUCGGUCGACCAAUGCCCGUGGUUUUCACCAUGGAAGAUAAACUAAAAGAUGAAUAUACGAGCGACGAGGACGUGGACACGGCCAUGGUUCAACUCAAGACCGAUCAAGGCCUAUCUGAACCACAAAGUCUGAGACAGCUCCUGUUCUCUAUCGACCGAUCUACUUCACAUGUCGUCCAGCUCACCAAGGUGGGCGACCGCGAGAUUGCCAUUGUCACCAUCAUGCAACGAAGGGACAUGAUCAAGUCCAUCGUCAAACGAGAAGAGACUGCCAGGAAGGCUGCUCAUGCCGGCAAGGCCAAGAAACCCAAGCAGCUUGAAAUCAACUGGGCCAUUGCACCCAAUGACCUACAGAUGAAAUUGAACCAGAUGGAAUCCUUUCUGACUCAAGGAAAGCGGGUCGAAAUCAUGCUGGCGAGCAAAAGACGCCAGCGAAAAGCCACCGAGGAAGAAGCUACAACUCUCCUCAGAGCCAUCCGAGAUCGCGUAGAGACCGCUGGUGCUCGAGAGUCCAAACCCUUGGAGGGCAAAGUUCUGGGCCAAGCUCUGAUGAUUAUUGAUAAAUGA